UAGGAUUUGUUAGUUGCAGGAGGUGACACUGUUUCAUCAAUUAUUGAAUGGGCCUUUGCAGAACUUGCUAAUAAUCCAAAGGUCAUGAAGAAAGUACAAGAAGAGGUAAGAAGAAUUGUGGGUGGAAAAUCCAUGAUAGAGGAAAAUGAUAUAAAUCAAAUGAAGUACAUGAAGUGUGUAAUCAAAGAAGCUCUUAGAUUACAUCCACCAGGUCCACUUUUGAUUCCAAGAGAAACAGUAAAUAGUGUGGAAAUAAAAGGGUACCACAUUCCCAAAAAAGUAACCGUAUAUAUAAAUUUAUAUGCGAUUCAUAGGGAUCCUAAAUUAUGGGACAAUGCUGAAGAGUUUAUUCCUGAAAGAUUUGAAGGUAACCAACAAGUUGAUUAUAAGGUAAAAGAUUUUCAGUUGAUCCCAUUUGGAAUUGGGAGGAGGGGUUGUCCUGGAAUUUCAUUUGGGGUUGCUUCAGUUGAGUAUAUGAUGGCUAAUCUUCUCUAUUGGUUUGAUUGGAAGGUUCCUAAUAAUAAUAAUAAUGGUGCAUUGAUAGAUAUGAGUGAGAUGAGUGGGUUGAACGUUACCAAAAAACAACCACUUUAUUUGAAGCCAACACCUUAUUUAAUUUGUUAAGGAGU